AUCAUCUAGAUUAACGAUGAAAAAAACGCAAUUACAAUUAAAUCCUUACGUUACAAGUUACUGUUUCAUUCUGUUCAAAUUAAUUAACUUUUUUUUCCUGGGUGUUAAUUGCAACUGAAGACAACAUAAAGGGAUUCAGCUUGACCACUAGGAGCCAAGACCUUUCGUUAUAAUGAAGCUCAUUGGAGCUGCCAUCGCACUUUUAGUGUUGAUGAGCAACAAUUUACUAAUCACUGGACAGAAUGAAAAUGAAAUCAAUCCUGAAAAGGAAGUUGCAUCAUAUUCACCACCACUUGAGCAAAACGAACCAACCAGAGGUGCUUUUACUGGUGCCGAUGAUGAGAAUAAAGGACUUUCGUUUAAUAUUUCUGAAGCAACUGAGAUUUUACCUGAACCACAAGAAGAACCAAAAAAUUUGACACGUUCAGAGUCUACAGUUCGAACUCGUUCAAGUGGUGAUCCCGUUUCCCGACACGUUCCAAUAAAGAUGGAGGAAAGAGCAGCACCCGUUCGACAAUCACCAUAUAAUGUGAAACCGGGAAUUGCGUCCAGCUUAUAUGAUAAAAGUGAAUUAUAUUGGAAAACAAAUUCAUCACUAAUUGAAAAGUUCGACGUUAAAGCAAUUUACCAUGGGUACUUGGGGAGAUUGGCUGCUCGGUGUAGAUCACCCAAUCAACCUUACAGAGGUGAACUUACACCAUCUAUCAUAGCUGCUGCCGUUAAAGCGGCCACUUUAAGAGUGGACAGAGAAAUUGCCGAAGCUCUUGCUAAUGCUAGAGCAGGUAAUAUCAUCGCAUCGAAUGUCAUCUCUGCCGAUGGUCGUCAUUUGAUCACAGGUAAAUUACCUGCUGAAAUUAAAGAUUACAUUGAUCAAGAAGAGGCUCAAUACCUUGAAUAUGUUGCUAAAAACUUACAGGAAAGAAUGUGUAUUCGACCAGUUGAUGUGAUUGAAAAGCUGACAAUUCCAAUUUCAUCUAUUCAAUCCAAGUUCUUGAAAUGUUCUCGGAAACAUGGAAACUUUGGUGGUAGUGCUGGAACAAGGUGCAGAAAUUCAAGGUAUCGAGCAUAUGAUGGAUUCUGUAACAACUUGAAGCACACAUUCUGGGGUAAAUCUAACAUUUGCCAUGUAAGAUUUUUACCUCCAUAUUAUGAGGAUGGUAUUUAUUUACCUCGAUCACGGGGAAUCUCUGGUCAACCUUUACCGUCACCACGUACGAUCUCAUUGAGUCUCCAUGAGUCUGGGGAGGGUGAAGCCUAUUACACUCCUUGGCACUUUACUUGGGGUCAAUAUGUUAUCCAUGAUAUUAUGUCAACCCCACAAAGUGUCCCAAGUCACGGUUCAGGAGUUCAGUGUUGUUCAUCAGAAAUUCAUGAUGAAUCCAAGUGUAUGCCAAUCAUGUUAUCUAAAAAUGAUUUACAAGCAUCAGCCAGAAAGUGUAUCAAUUUUAUCCGAUCAGCUCCUUGUCCACUUUGUUCAAUGGGUCCAAGGCAACAAACCAAUUUGGCCACUUCUUAUAUCGAUCAUAGUGCCAUGUAUGGAGGGGAUAACGAAACGGUUGCGUCACUUCGUACCUUUAGAGGUGGUUUACUCAAGAUGGGCAGCGAUAGAUUGAGUAGGCCAAUUCUUCCUGACAGUAAAUCUCCUCUUACCGAUCAAUGUAGUAAACCACAUGCAGGAAAGGAUAAGAUUUGUUUCCGUUCAGGUGAUGCUCGAGUUAAUCAACAACCUUUUAUCCAAUUGAUCCAUUCACUUUUCGUCCGUCGACACAAUCAACAUGCUUCAGGAUUAGCUCGAGUUAAUCCUCGAGCACCAGAUGAGAUACUUUUCCAAGAGGCUCGUCGUUUAACCAUAGCUGAACUUCAACAUAUCACUUUCACUGAAUAUUUACCAGUUCUUCUUGGACCAGAAAUGGGCGAUUAUUUUAACAUUAUCGAAAAGGAUACUUUGUUUUCUGAAUACGAAGAAGAUAUCGAUGCGACAACUUGGAAUGAAUGUGCUUCGGCUGCUUGUCGGUUCGGCCAUUCACAAGUAACCUCAUUCAUGGCGAUUAUUCAAUCAGACGCGAAACUUUCUCUCAAAGAUUCUUUCUUCGAUCCAAAGUUUAUCCAUUCAGGUUUGACUCCAAAUUUGAUUGCAACUCUUCUGAACGGUAAAUCAGCUGUGAUUGACCCAUUCUUAACACCAUCUUUGAAGAAUCAUCUCUAUUUCCAUCCUGGAAAAGAUUCAUUUGGAAGUGAUUUAGCUGCAUUUAAUAUUCAAAGAGGUAGAGAUCAUGGAAUCGCUCCUUACACUGAAUAUAUCAAAUUCUGCUUUGGUUUUACAAUUAGAAGUUGGAAUGAUCUAUUUAACUUUAUACCAAGAGAAAAUGUACAAAAACUUAGAAGUGUUUACCAAGAUUUCCGAGAUAUUGAUUUGUUCACUGGUGGUUUGUAUGAAAAGAAGGCAAUUGAUGCCGAUAUUGGACCUACUUUCGCUUGUAUUGUCGGAAUCCAAUUCUAUCAUCUUAAAUUUGGUGAUCGAUACUUUUACUCUCACAAAGAUCAGGCUGGUUCAUUUACUCAAGCUCAAUUGCUUGAGAUUAAAAACAAAGUGACUUUGGCAAAUCUCUUGUGUCAAACGGAACCGGAAUUGAAGUACAGUCAACAACACGCUUUCUUAUUACCAAGUUAUUUAAACCCCAACUUGAAUUGUGAUGAAUCACGAAAAAGAAACUCCAUCAACUAUAACCUUUGGCGAGGAACCUUCUAGGAGACUGAAUGACCAUUGAAUGGAAAUGAUGACCAUCCAAAUGAAAGUAAAAAGAGAUGGACAUUCAAAUAGAAAAAAAAUCUAAAUAGAAGAAGAGAAAAAAUUAAUCCAUUUUAAAUUGUUAUUUUGAUUGCGGAAAAUAAAUUGUGUAGAUCAAAUUGACCAAGAACAA